CCAUUCCGCGUUAAUCUGCUACUCCAUGUUGUUACUGAUCUGCAUCGUUUUGUUGGUUAGGGUUAGCGGUGUUUGAAUGUCUCUGCGAUUAGCGGCGUAGUUUGGGGUUCCACCACGAUCGUCGAAUUCCGCCAUUAGAGAAACUGGUGUGCAGAAUCGGUGUGACGAUUCCGUCUGUUGGUUCCGAGCAAGUCCUUUCACAUUCUUUCUAUGAAUCAAAACGAGGUGGGGCAACAUCUCUAGACAAUAUUCACACCUAAGAAUUGUUACAUCACUCUUGGUUUCUCUUCUUUGCGCCGUCAUGUGUCUUUGCGUAGGCUCGGCGGAGAUGGUACGGCGACCGACCGCGAGGAACAUGCUUGGCGAUGGAAUUAUUUCUCCUUCGAUUUUGUUCAACGUGAUUGAGACUAAUGUUUACGAAGAUUUGAAACGAUGUAUCAGUAGGUGCUUCAGCCAAACACUUUCCCACCGGUGGAGAUUUGGUAAGCUCCAUUUCAAUGGUAGAGAAAGAUCGACUGUUGUCGUUUCUCAAAAACCACGUUGUAUUGUUUUCCGUGACCUUGCAGUCUAUGAACAUCUCCACCAUCCCUCUCAGUUUCUGCUAUUAGUUCAGCCAUCAUCAAGGGGAUGUCCUAUUUGCAUCAGAGGCGUAGACUGAUAUCUUUGAUAUCAUACUCGCGAAGAUUCACCACUGAUAUUCACAUUCAACCACAUGAAACUAAGAUUCCUGAUAUGGCUUCAUACAUGUGAUUGAGAAAUACCAUAUCCGGAUACUAAGAAGCUCCAGCAACUUUACAUCAAUGGCACCUCAGAAUAUCAUUUUCAACUCCUAGCACUCACAAGGCUGAGAAAUACCAUAUUUUGUUGGUAAAGGUAAUUCUGAAGUGGUAGAUGGAAUCAGUAAUGUUCUUUUGAUAUAUUGCAGUGUGUAUAGAAAAGAAAGAUUACAGUACAGCUUGAGGGUCGUUGUAUUUUCUCUGAGUGAAGUUGCUUAGUAGUGAAGAAGAUAAAGAGUGGCGAGAGCUUGACCCAAUGUUAGUCUGACUUCCUAAAAUUUACAUGAUAAUAGAGCGAGAGAUUGGUGAAGAAAGAGAUCAAUACGAAGUGAAGAAGAUUGAGAACAUUGCUUUAACCUCUGUGGACAGACCAUGUCUGGGAAAAAAAUGGUUUGGAGUUGUGGUGUGUUGAUAU